CCGGCCUUAGUAAUUAAGUAUAAGGUAUUAUAUAAAUUACGACGUAACGAGGUUAUUAUUAAUUUAGAGUUAGAAAUUAAACCUAAACGCGACGUAAUAAAUAAGGAUAGUAAGGGGUUUAGGUUUAUAUUAAAAUUACUUAUUACUACUAUUAUAACUUAG